AUGUCAAGUCCAGUACCGACAGUGACCAGUGGAUGGGAAUUACAUGGCACCAGCCCGGAAGAUGGAUCUGGGGCACUGGUGUGGAGUGACAACCUGGAGCUACGAGACCUCGGGCCCACUGAUGUCGCGGUGCGACUCCAUGCAUGGGCGAUCAAUUAUCCCGACGUCUCUAUUGCCAAUGGCACUUUCCCCUGGUCCUCCGGGGACAAUGGCGUCCAGAUUCCGGGCACCGACGGGGCCGGUGAAGUUAUCGCCGUGGGCUCCCACGUCAAGGGUUUCCAAGUCCAUGACCAGGUGGUUGUCGUCUAUUAUCCGGAAUUUCCCCACGGCAGUGCACCCACAUUGGAUCAGAUGCGGGCCAACCUGGGCACCUUCCGCUACCAUGCCAUCUUCACCGAAAAUGCUCUGAUUCGGAUGCCAUCGAAUCUCAGCUAUGCCGAAGCAGCCACCCUCCCUUGCUCCGCUCUGACCGCGUGGAACGCGCUGCACGGCAACACCCACCUGAAGGCUGGGGACUAUGUCCUCGUGCAAGGAAUGGGCGGUGUCUCGCUAUUCGCUGUCCUCUUUGCCCUGGCUGCUGGUGCAAUUGUCAUUGCGACCACAUCCUUGCCCGAGAAGGCUUUACGGUUACAGCAAAUGGGAGUCCACCAUGUGCUGAACUACCGGGAUGACCCGAACUGGGGAGAGACUGCCAGACAUUUGACGCGCGAUGGGCUUGGUUGCCAACGGGUGAUCGAAGUGGGUGGUCCUCAGACCAUCAAGCAAUCGUUCAACUGCGUUGCCCGUGGCGGGGAAAUUGAUGUGAUCGGCUUUUUGACGGGUCAAGGACACGCCGAGGAUGGUCCGACAUUUUUGGAGCCGCUUUUGCAGGCAUGCUUGGUGCGGGGAAUCGAAGUGGGUAAUCGGAUCCAGUUCAAAGAGAUGAAUAGGGCCAUUGAGGCAUAUCGCAUUAAGCCUGUUGUAGAUCAGCGGGUAUUCUCCCUCCAGGAUUUGAAGGAAGCGUAUGCCUACGUGUGGAACCAGCGUCAUUACGGCAAGGUCGUCCUUUCCGAUGGUAAUGUGUAG